AUGUACGCCUCGCUUGGGCUCACGGACGACGCCCGCCGGGCGUUCGAUGAGAUGCCUGUCAAGGACGCGGUCGUGUGGGCCACGGUGAUCGGCGGGCUGGUCAGGUGGGGGCUGCUCGAUGAAGCGCGGAGGCUCCUCAUGCAGGCACCGGAGAGGAACGUGGUCUCAUGGACUAGUUUGAUUGCUGGUCGCGGUGAUUGGCGCUCUCUCGGCAUGUUCGAAGCUCAAAAUUUGGAGCUUGGGCGCUUGCUGCACUUGCUGGUUGGGAAGAAGAGGAUCCGGAUGACUGACAAUCUUGUUGUUGCACUCAUUGACAUGUCUCUGUUUGAUCAAAUGGGCGCCCGUGAUGUCAUCACAUUCAACUCUAUGAUCACUGGAUACAUCCACAGUGGCCGGCUUAGAGACGCAUUACAGUUGUUCAUGCAGAUGAGGAGACACGGCAUGCGUGCUGAUAAUUUUACCGUGGUGACCCUUCUCACUGCUUGUGCGAGCUUAGGUGCACUGCCACUGGGCAGGGCUUUGCAUGCUUCCAUCGAACAGAGGAUAGUAGAGGAAGAUGUCUACCUUGGAACUGCACUUGUGGACAUGUACAUGAAAUGUGGGAGGGUGGAUGAGGCAACCGCUGUGUUCCAUCGCAUGGGUGAAAGAGACAUUCACACUUGGAGUGCCAUGAUCGCAGGUCUUGCAUUCAAUGGGAUGGGUAAGGAUGCUCUGGAGUCUUUCUGCCAGAUGAAGCGUGAUGGUUUUCUGCCCACCUCAGUUACCUACAUUGCUGUUCUGACUGCAUGCAGCCACUCGAGUCUGCUUAAUGAAGGUCGUCUGCACUUCAACGAGAUGAGAUCGUUGCACAAAUUACACCCUCAAGUUGAGCAUUAUGGCUGCAUGAUAGAUUUGCUUGCUCGCAGUGGGCUCUUGGAUGAAGCUAUGCAUCUUGUUCAGACCAUGCCAAUGCAACCAAAUGCCGUCAUAUGGGGCUCCAUCUUGAGUGCUUGCAGAGUCCACAAAAACAUUGACCUAGCCGACAUGCUGCGGAGUAUCUUCUGA